AUGAGUGCCAAAUACAAGAGACACAGUAUUCAUUCGCCUCCUAUCGCAUUCAUUAUGUACCAGUCUCAAAUCACUUUCGUCAUGGACACCAUUUGUCCUUGGACAUACCUUGGAAAGAGGAGACUCGAUGAGGCUCUGGCUCAGUUCCGCUCCUCGAAUUCUUCAUCCUCCAUCUCCUUCAAGCUCCAUUUCGCAUCUUAUCAGCCUAAUGCCAACCGUCCUGAGACCAUCCCGGACCGAGCUGCAUAUGCCCUACACAAGAAGCAUAAUGACAAUCGAGAGGCUCAGAAAAUCUUCGAAGAGCAUAUGCUCUCCCUUGCGCAACCACUGAAACUUCCCAUAGCCUUUACGGGACCGACUGGUAACUCAUUUCCUGGACAUCGGGUCAUCCAACAAGUUCAGGAGUCCCAGGGCGCUGAAGUAGCGAACAAGCUCGUGGACGCAGUGUUGAGGUUGUACUUUGCGGAAGGCAGGCAUCCCGGUUCUGACGAUACGUUGAUCGAGGCAUGUGUUGAUGCUGGUAUAGAUGAGGGAAUGGCAAAAAGCUUGGUGGAAGAUAAGUCCAGAGGUGAAAGAGAUACCAAAGAAAAGAUCAGAAGUACAGGUAUGGACAUCGAUGCCGUGCCAACUGUAGUCAUUGAAGGGCGAAGGAGGGACUUGACGCUCACGGGCCUGAAAGAAGUCUCGGAGUAUAUCAAGGCCAUGGAGACAAUAAGGAAGGAAAGUUCAUAG